AUGUCCUUGUCAGUCGCCCUCCCUCUCCCCGCCCUACUCCUCCCCGCCCUACUCCUCUUCACUCGCUCCUGGCCGAUCCUCCUCGGCACCGAAACCGGGUCCCUCCUGGAGGUCGUACUGGACGAGCGACAGAAGCGCGAGUCAUCCCCCAAGGUCCUGAUAGAGGGCCACCCAGCUAAGGAUCGUCGUGGCGGCGGCGGCCCCGGGGCUUCCACGAGCACCGCUGCCGGCAUGCCGGCGGCUACGGCACCUGCAUCAACAGCCUUCACCAGCCUCUAUCAAAUCUCCCUCCCCGCAGGACCGCCAUCACCCCUUGGCAAGCCCUGUUCCUCAACCACCACCCCAGCCAACACCCCAGCCACGCCGCACAGCCAGCUCCAGCUGUGGUGGCCUCUCGGCCAGACGGAGGGUCUUCCCAGUCGGUUCGCCUGGCUGGUGGGGGGCCUGGUGUACCAUGGAGAGCUGGACUGGGAGGCAGUGCCGCCGCCGGCGGAGGAAAGGUCGGCGGCGGAGGGGAUGGCGGCUACGGGCGGCGGCGGCACUGGAGGUGUGAGUGGAGGCGGCGAGGUGCUUUCGGGCGUUGCAACAUUGCCGGUGGACAGCAACGGAUUCGAGGGCGAUGGCGACGGCGGCGGCGGCGCCGCCGCCGCGGACGGCGGUAGCGCUCGCAGUUUGGUCGUUACAGAGUAUCACUUGUUGCUGCUGGCCAGGGACCGGCUGAGGCUGGUCAACCGAAUUAACGGUCGUACGGUGGUGGAACGGGCGUUUCGGUCGCCGCUCACCCGCAGCGUUACGGGGGAGCCGUCCCGGGAAAUCGACGGACUUGUUCGCGACCUGGUCAGCGGUACGACGUACAUGGCAGUGGACGAAGCGCUGUACGACGUAACGUUACAACAUGAGGACCGGGGCAUGUGGAAGGUGUACCUUGAUAUGCAGGACUGGGAUGCGGCACUUCGUUGCUGCUCCAGUCAGGCUCGACGAGAUGAGGUGCACCGGGCUAGGGCGGAGGCGGCGCUGGCGAUGGGAGAUUACCGUACGGCUGGCGUACAUUUCGCCAAGGUCGGCGAGGAAGGGGUCUUUCACUGGUCGGGGUGGGUCUUUAGCUGCUCGAUCACCGACGGGCGGCCGGCCUUCGAGGACGUGGCCCUCCAGCUGGCGGAGUGCGGCGACCCCGGGGCGCUGCAGGCCUUCCUAGCGACACGACUGACCACGUUGGCGGCCGGACUGGGAGCCCGGGGGGGCGGCGCUGCGGGGGGCGCCGCCGCCACCCUGUUUGGUGGGGUCGGCGGCAGCGGCGGCGGCGGCGGCGGUUCCCUGGCUGGCCCCGAGCGGGCCCAAUGCACCUUGGUGUCCGCCUGGCUGACGGAGCUGUACUUGGAUGCCAUUAAUCGGGCGCUGCUGGAGGCGGGUGGCGAGGCGGGUGAGUCGUACCAGUCCGCUGUCACGGCUCUGAGGACGCACCUAAGUGACUGGGUGCACGUCAUGGAUCCAGGUGUCACCGUGUCGUUGCUGGGUAGUUAUGGCCGUUUGGACGAGCUAUUGCAACUGGCACAACUGCGAGGGGACCAUGAGGGGCUGCUGGAGCAGCUUAUGGCCAGACCCCAGCCGGGGGGUGCCGUACGGGCGCUCGCGGUGCUGCGCUCGCCCUCCGUUAGCCGGGAGCUGGUGUACAAGUUCGCUCCAGGGUUGGUGGCGGCGGCUGCGGGGGAGGCGGUAGACUUCUUUAUUGCGCAGAGACCCCCCCUGGACCCUCGCCGCCUGCUGCCCGCCUUGCUGCGGUACGGAGAACCUGACUCGCCACCAAUGGCACGUCGGCACGUGCUGAGGUACGUGGAGUUCGCCAUUGAGGAGCUGGGGGCCACGGACAGACUGCCAACACUCUACGCAGCCACUCCGCAGCUACUCCAUCCGGGGAUGGCGCUGCAUUGAAUACACCACGAAGGGCUCUCAGGUCCCGCUAGAGCGAGUCCACAAGUCUCAGCUAGGGCAAAGUCAAAGGCUCUCUGAAACAACCCCCCAAAACACCACCAACGAGAAGGGGAUUCGAAGGGAAAACAAACAAACAAACAAAAAUUCGGUUAAGGCAGUCCCGGCAGGGGAGGGCUCCUGAUAUACCUAACAGGCCAACAAAAAACCUCCAAGAGAGAAAGGCUAAGAGAGCUCGACACCACAAGACGUCUUGCAACCACCUUAAAACAACUGACCUCCGCCACCUGUCCCUUCCUGGGCUGGUCCAGGGGAGAAGUAGCCAUAGAAAGAAAAGGGACCACGCACAAGCCCGAUCACCACUGCAGGGGCCCGGGAUAGACCGGCGAAAACCACAAAAGCGAUAGCGUUGCCACGACACACAGCUCCUAAACCCUCCAGAAAACCGCAGGGGGAGGAUUGUAGCCCGCGCGGCGCCUCCCCCUUACCGCCACUAACCUGAACGGUUGGUCCUCCAGAAACCUAUUCACCCUGUCUCGUACUGCACCGCUCUCACCCUCGUCCCUCACCAAGCAACCCAGUCCCACAGAGAAGAUGUGCCUAAGUAGAAUGGCCCUCCUCGGGCCACACGUCCCCCUCAUCCGAGCCCCGCGACCACCUCCAGGCCUCAACCUCCCACACACCAGAAAACCUACGUCCUUUUGGCGCUCUCACCGCCAUUUCCCCCCUCCCCUGUCCGAGCGACCCCACCUCCCCCCGGCUCUCCAGCACCCUACAACCUCGGAGCGGCACUAGGGAAGAAAAAGGGUUCUUCCCUGCACUACGUGACCGCCUCCAUUCCCCGUCCUUCUCCUCUCCCUCUCCCGUCUCGGGGUUCCCUCUCACCUAUUCCCUUGUCCUCCGACCCCCAUCCCCCUCGAACUCCUAUACCCCCCCCGAGCCCUGCCCUACAAACUAAGCUCAAAGCGCUCUUAGGCAAUAAUU